CUCGGUGCUGUACGCAAAACAAAUACUCGCCUAAUUAUUAUAAAAUAUUAAACAAGUAAUUAUAAUUAAUAAUCGCGCGUAUUGCGAUGAAGUUCGGAGUGUUGCUUAUCUCAUUUUUAGGUGUAUUGAAUAUACACAGCAUUACGGCGACUGGUUCACGAAAAACUCGCAAAGUGCACGGUCAAGGCCACAAUCCACAAGGUGGAAUUCAAUCGCCGCCAGGCGACUUUUACGACGUGCAACCUGAGUUUUUGUUGCAAUUCAGUGACAACAAAGGUAACAAUGGAAGGGGUAACGGCAAUGGCAACAAUGGAAGGGGCAAGGGCAAUGGCAACAAUGGAAGGGGCAAUGGCAAUGGCAAGGGCGGCAAUAAGGGCUUGCAAGGCUUUGUCUUAGCCACCGAAUUGGACAACGGUGGUACAGCAUUAGAUUGUGAAAAUCCUAAUGGACCUGGUAAUGGACAUGGCAACGGGCACGCCUAUGGCCAGUGUCGUGGUAGGGGCAAUAAGUUUGGACCGAAACCUCCACCACCGGGACUUUAUAAGCGUUUUGCCACAAUCUAUAGCGAUGUGGAUCGAAAAGUGGAAGGUGAGGCAUACAAUGAAGCGCUCGAGAAUGAUGAAGUCAAUGAUGAUUUCAAUGGACGAUCAAUUGUAGCGCCAGGACAAUAUCCGCAUAUGGCCGCUCUAGGUUUUCGCACCUACUCCAACAGCUACGAAUAUAAAUGCGGUGGCAGCUUAAUUAGUGAAGUGUUCGUUUUAACCGUUGCACACUGUUGCUAUCACAGCGGGCAAGCGCCUGAGGUGGUCAAAGUCGGCGACAUCAAUUUGAAAAACAUUGCCUUAGAUGAAAUCUUUCAAGUGCGUCCCAUUGCCGAAAUACAGUCGCAUCCUUUGUACAACAACUCAUUUAACUAUCACGACAUAGCAUUGAUACGUUUGGCACAGCCAGUUGUUUACACGAAUUUUGUGCGUCCUAUUCGCUUAUGGGUCAGUGAUGAAAUUCCGUACAAUAAACUUCACGCAAUGGGCUACGGCUCGACCAGCUUCGCGCAGGCUCCAACAAAUGUGCUAACCGAAUUGGAGUUGUCCAUUGUGCCGCUGCCUCAAUGUAAUCAAAUUUUACCUGCAGAUUCUGGUACACCCGAGGGGCUAUUGGAGUCACAGAUUUGUGCUAAGGAUUUUGAACAAAAUCGUGAUACGUGUCAGGGCGACUCUGGUGGACCACUACAACUGAAUUUGAUGCGUAAAAAUAGGAAACAUUUCCGUUAUUAUUUGAUUGGCAUGACUUCGUAUGGAACAUUUUGUCGCAGCGCAUAUCCCGGAAUUUAUACGCGUGUCUCCUCAUACAUUGAAUGGAUAACAUCAGUUGUUUGGCCGGAUUACUACAGCAGUUACUUUCCAGCGUAACAGUUUUUGGACAACAGUAACAUUAGCAUUUAACAGGAGAAUGUAUAUUAACAUAUGAAUGUCACUAUGGAAAUAUUUGAUUAUUAAAUCGAUAACAAAUUUUUAAAGACGCCAAAAAUA